GCAGCAGAUAGCAUCGAACCUUCACCGUCGUCGGUUGUAGCGUAGCGAGAAAGAAGUGCGUACGUUCGAGAAAAAAAACAGUAGUGCUUUUCCCCCCCUUGUUGCCUUCGUGGAUUGUGUUUUAUAACAAUAAUAAUAGGAGUAAUUGCACUUGAAAUUCACCCAGAGCAGGUUGCACUCUUGCUUUCAUUUCGCUAAUAAGCAAACAGCGGUAAUUGUGUGCCAGACAGAUUUUCGAGUUCCGCCGAGGUUGGAUCCCUUCUGAGUGGUACGUGAGAAAAGCACCCAGUGAAAAAAAAGCAAUAAAAAUACGAUUUCGGGGCGUGUGACAUGUCUGGGAAUAAAAAGGUGGUUCUGAAAUUGUGAAAAUCAAUAGCAUCCGGUAGGCUGCGAAACAUUCGACGACCGUGAAGCUGUGUCGUGUUGUGGAAAGUUUCACUUUCCCGUUUAUUAGUCGCAGUCUAAGGCAGGAAAAAUCUGAAUCAGUGGUUUUCUGUUGGUAGUGCACCAGUGGAAAAGCUUCCGGAUGAUGGCGACGACGGUUUUGACGUUGCAGUAAAAUAGCAGCAGCACCCGAAGAAACGUAUCAAGACUAAUCGAAACUGGAGUGGACCGAGACGCUUCACAAUGGAAACAAAAACGAUGGACCUCUACGAGUUCCUCGUAGAAUCGGAGCUGCAGCAGUACUACAAUUCACUCAAAAAUGAUCUGAAAAUCACCUCCAUAGCGCACCUGAAGUACGCCACCGACGAAGAUCUCCGCCAGAUGUGCGGCCUGUCCCGGCCGGAGAUACGCCGCCUGCGCAAGUAUUACGAGAAGUAUUUUCCCCACGGCUACCUGAACAAGAUCAAACGGCUACUGCACGCACCGAAAAAAGACGAAGGGGGUCUCGGUAGUCCGCCUUCAACGGUGGAACCGCUGAAAACCUGCCCGUCGCCCAGCAAGAUUCCCAACAACAAGCACAUAAUUCCGGCCGAUGCCAUCACGGUGAACAAACAGCUCGGAACGGGAGAAUUCGGCAUCGUGCAGCAGGGCGUUUGGACGAAUGGCACCGAGCGGAUUCAGGUGGCAAUCAAGUGCCUCUGCCGGGAGCGGAUGCAGUCCAAUCCGAUGGAGUUCCUAAAGGAGGCAGCCAUAAUGCACUCCAUCGAGCAUGAGAAUAUUGUGCGACUGUACGGCGUGGUGCUAGACACCGAGUCGCUCAUGCUAGUGACCGAGCUGGCUCAUCUCAGGUCGCUGCUGGAAUGCCUCAAGGAUCCCGGCUUAAGGGUGAGCUUUCUGACAGUUCCAACUCUGUGUGAGUUUGCAGCACAAAUUUGCAACGGUAUGAUGUACCUAGAGAACAAACGACUGAUUCAUAGAGAUUUGGCAGCAAGAAAUAUUCUAGUGUUUAGUAAGAACAAGGUGAAAAUAUCGGACUUUGGAUUAUCGCGGGCGCUUGGUGUCGGCAAAGAUUAUUAUCAAACCAAUUUUAAUGUGAAUCUUAAGCUGCCCAUUGCGUGGUGCGCUCCGGAAUGCAUAAACUUUCUCCGGUUUACGAAUGCCUCGGAUGUUUGGGCAUACGGAGUGUGUCUAUGGGAAAUUUUCUCCUACGGAUUCCAACCGUGGGCAGCGCUAACCGGUCAUCAGAUUCUAGAAGCGAUAGAUGAACCAAACUAUCAGCGUUUAGAAAAACCGGAAUGUUGUCCGAAAGAAUACUAUUCGCUGAUGUUGAAAUGUUGGCAGCAUGAUGCCGCAAAGCGACCCAAGUUCUCGGAAAUCUACCUGCUUCUGCCAGAUAUGAAGCCAGAGCAGCUGAAAACCAUUGUCUCGUUUAGCGAGCCGAAAAAGGACUAUCUUUUGUAUCGACAGGGAGAAAUCAUCACCGUGCUGGACAAGAGCACCAACUCUCCCUACUGGAAGGGUGUACUGAACUCGGGUAAAACUGGACUCUUCAAUCCGGCAAAUACCGUCGCCUAUCUGGACAGUCUUCCAUCGUCGAUCAAUCGCGAUAGCUUCAGCAGGACUGCAGAACGUACAAGCAAGCGUAAGAUAAGAACCGAUAUGAUCUCGCGACCGCAGAACGACCUAAAACACACGGGACACGUGGGUAUCGAUGGUGCCUAUUUUGGUGAUGUAGCCUUCCUUGCCAGUCCACAAAAUCUUCCCCGACAGAUCGUAACACCAUACAAGCCUUCGGAAGAUCUAGAACAAACGCCACUUUUGCUGCCACCAACUCCCACUAGCCCGGACUCGAUCCAGACGGCCAGUGGUUACUUUUCGGAAACACUGCAAACCCGACAUCAAAGCUUCGUUAAUGCCGGCGAAAAUCACGACCGUUCCACUGUUGACAGUGGUUUAGCUAGUGCAUUCGAUUUUCGCAACAGCGGCUUCAAGGACAGCAACCCGUUCAUUAAUGUCGACGUCAACGGAGACGCCAGCACGCACAAUCAAACUAAGGAAGCAAAAUCGUCAGACAAUCAUCAAGAUCCUCACGAAUAUCACGAAAUUUCCGACGAUGAUAUACCAACGGAAAAGGUGUUCGACCAUGGCACCUCACUACUGGACGAAAUGGAAUACAUGUUCAAGUCGAUGACAACGGCAACCGAGCAGCAACAUCAGCUGCCACCGCUUUCGCCCGAUGUCGAGAACACCAACAAGCGAAACGAGCUGACCGAGCUAUCAUCCAAACUAAAUCGCAAAAACAGCUCGAGUUCUGGAACUGUUAACAAUAAAACUGGAAGUAAAUCGAAAAAGAGAACAAGUACCGUGAAGCCAAUAUCGGUGAAGGAUGAAAAGCUGCUGAAUCAAGCCAUCGAAAUAGCCAAUGAAAUCAGCGCAAAAUCGAUGACCGACCUGGUUUCGGACUCGAGCCAGCAGACGUCCAGUCCGAAGCGCAAGUUUAGCUUCCGCUUUCCGCACAUUCAUGGUGUCGUGGGCGGCGGUGGCAGUGGUGGCAGCGGAGGCAGCGCCGGCAGCAGCCAUCAUCACUCUUCCGGUUCGGGUUCGACCGGAGUGGGAGGCGGGGGUGGUUCGGCCAGUGGUAGCCGGGGCAGCGGCUCCGACAAGGACCAUCUAGCUUCGUCGGCGUCCGGGCAUCAUCACGGUAUCGGAACGUUCGCCAGUGCUUACCGCGAGAGGAGAAACUUUUCCGAAGAGGCGAAGAAUGUGCCAGACUUGCAUCAGCGCUACCGUUCGCUGACCGGUAUCGAAAGUUAUCGAAAUAACGACAUCCGGAUACCGCUGUUCGAUAAAAAAUCGUCGGAUUUUUGCUUCGAGAAAAGUCGAGAGUUGCUUAGCAAACCGUUCGGUUUGGAUAUAUCGACGGCAACGCUCGAUGGGCGCCACUUUGACAAGAAAACGCGUGACCUAAUAGGGGAGAACCUGAUGGACAUCGAGAAGACGCUGAAUGCACUGAACUUGGACUUUUUGCAGACCUAUCAGGAGUUGGAGAAGGCCGACUCAGCGGAGACGCUGUUCGGUGAAAGUUAUGGCAGUGGCGGUGGAGUUCCGUAUCGGAAAAGUCCUCCGGCUAGUUCGCUGGUUCGGGGUUCCUCGCUGGAGAGUAGUACCACUAGGAUACUGCCGGUGGAGAAAGGUGGUAGUGGUGGGGGAAGUGGGGGUUCUUCUGUGACGGGGAAAAGUCCUCCCACUAAGAAGCAAUAUGAAAUGAAUUUGUACUCCGAGCUGAUCGGCAGUGGGGGGACGCUGCGCUCACCGAAAGGGAUUCCGAUUAGAGAUUUUAAGUUCCGUCAAGGGAUCGAUCCUAAAAGACAGGGCCGGUCGGAUUAUUAUAAUAUGAAAAAUGAGUAUCUGUCGGAUUUAACGCGUAAGCAGCAGAAUCAAGUGCUCGCGUCAUCUCCGGUUAAAAAGACUGCAAACUCGAGUAAUCAAUCGAUCAAUCAAUUGUACCAGAUUUAUAAUACUCCAAUGCAGGGUAGAAAGUAUGACGAUUCCAGCGCACAGAAUCGACAGCGUUCGCUUUCUUUUACCGAGAAUUACGAGCUGAAAUCACCGACAUCGAUCGAGGCUCAGUUGUUGAACAUUUGCCAGUCGAAGCAUGCUUUACACGCUCCACUACAGCCGAAAACAGUUGCUUCCCGUAAGGUGAUAACCUACAAACCAAAGAGCAUUCGAGCUAGAAAUCUUAGACGACUCAGCUAUAAUCCUAUCAGCAUGAUCGACAGUUCAUCUUCCAGUAGCGAGAGUGAACUCGAUCGAAACCACGCCCACUCGGAGUGUGAUAUUCGAUCGAGGCUCAGUUCGCGCCGACGCCGUCAGUACAUGCAGCGACGCUCGAAUAGUAACAGCGCGAGCAGCCAGGACAAGCUGUACGGCUCAAAUGCCAGCAUUAAAAGUGCUCCCCAAUAUAAUUACAACAGUGAUCGACAGUUUUACAAUUAUCCUUUCAACUACACCGACUACGCAGACAAUGACGACGAUGAGGAAAAUAUUUACGACUUUGGACGAGGUUCAGUAGCUCCUCCGCCACCCCCGGCCAAGUACGCGAACGAUCCGACUCCUACUCCGCCUCCCCCAGCGUCAUACGCAAACAAAACUCUCGAACGAGACUUUCUCUAUUCGGAAUUCGACGUUUCGAAGCUGACCGGCAAGAGUCCGACCACCCAAAGCUACUUCACUGCUCAGCAGCAAUCGAAUCAGCUGCCGUCGCAGUUACCUGUCUCUACGGUAGCGUCGGUAGCAACGGUUACGGCACCCUCGCAACCCCAACCGGCCUUCCAGUGGCCGGAGAAGAUUCACGGUGCCAUCGUGAAGCACAACGACAUGCUGUGGCGGCAGAAACAGCUCUACGGUGGUUCGGUGGUCAGCUCCAGCGGUGGCGGGGGAGUUACUGCAGCAGUAGUCACUGUCGGCACCGGCGGACCUAACGACGUUCGCUACUCGAGCGAAACUUCCUCCACCGAGACAGACUCGGUCGACUUUCGGCGCGAGUUUGUACCCGGGAUGCCGCCCAGUCCGGCACCGUGAGGGUACCCGCACCAGAAGGGCGCCAGUGGCGGCGAAGUGAGGAUCGUUUGAUGCUAGACCCGAGAAUCAGCUCCUAUCCGUCCAGCACGAGAUGUCUUUUGGAGUUUUAGUUUUACGAACGAUCUUCACUUUAGCAUGUCGAUUUCCUGGGACCCUUCGGGAAAAGUGGACUACGUUGAUGAGGGGCUGUUGGAGCUUUUUUACUGCUAGAUGAAACUCGGAUGCUGAUACUGAGGCUUGAAUGGAAUUACAGAAAAGGAAAACUACUAUUUAUUCGAUGAAGCUAGAAAGGCUAAGCCAAUAUAUUGAUUACAACACAACACAGCUGCAGGGUCAAUAUUGUAAACAAAUAUGAAGAAAAACUUAACUACUAAAUAUGCAUGUAACAGAACAGAAACCUAUAUUAUGAAGCAUGCUCAGAGUUCAACAAAUUUUUCAACAAGACGCGUUACGUAUUAGAAUGUUGUUAGUAGACAGAAGACAUUAAAUACACACAGACACACUUACACACAUUUCAACUCAAUAAGGCAAUCCACGAGACAGUUGCGAUCAGCUGAUUUCAGUCUGUUUUCAACUUAUGACAGCUUUAGGUAUGUUCGAUCGGUCUCAACUUGGAUGCAAUCCGGAUCCAGAAGCGUGAAAAACAAAUGUUAUCCGAUCGGUAGCCAGGGGCGGAUUAACGCGUAGGCGAAGCAGGCGGUCGCCUGCUCGUCAAUCAUCGAGGGGCGGCAAACAGACGGCUAGUGCGUGUGCUUAUUUUUUAAGCGACGAGGAAUUUUUUUCUCUCGCUAGCAGCAUUUCCAUUCACGUACGACGCAACCAGACAUGUGCCAUACAAUUUGCAGGAUGCGAAAGGUGAUGGCCUUACGAACUACAUACUUGAUAGAGCUCGUGAGACUUUAUCGUGAACCAAAGUAAUAAUUUAUUAAAAGUAAUAUUUUGUGCUAUUGGGGAAAGUUGUUUGUUGUCAGAGCUUCGAGCUUAGUGAUACAGAACUUUUCAAUGCAAAUAUCGCGCACUCACACAAAUAACUACAUCCACAUUUUUAUGUACUAACGUUGUACUCACACUCCACAUGUCACAGUCUUCUUGCAAAAUUUCAGCUCAGUCGGACUUCGAAAAGUGGUGGCUCAAAGCAGUCAAAGUUUAAUUUUUUCGGCCGAUAAAAAAUGCACAGGUAGUUUGUAAAAUGUUCGAUAUUGAAAAAAAUGGUUUUAGAAAUGCAUGAAACGUCGAGAUCUGGUAUAAUCUCUUGAACUUUUUUUGUAAAAAUCAAUUUUUGUAAAAAUCAAUCCGUUCCAUGCGGCAACCAUUCUCUCAAUCUUGUUGUUAACGAUGGUGCCAAGUCAUGUUUUGAUGCAGUAGACUUUUUCAGUGUCGUGCAAGAAAAUUUCAACUUCUUUUCUGCAUCAACUCAUCGUUGGAGUGUUCUCAAAAAACACAUCACUUCUCUUAAGGUAAAGCCUCUGAGUGGAACGCGUUGGGAAAGUCCCCUACAAAAAUCACGAGACGAAAACAGUCAGCGAACUGGAAUUUCCCUUGUAAACUAUUUAAUUCAUUUUAACCGCAGUGAGGUUAAUAACUUGAAAUUUUUUGAAAAAGCACAUGCUUUAUAUAACGUGCGUAUAAAAUAGGAAGCUUAUAGGAAGUUUGGCGGAGGUGAAAAGCAUAUCACCCAAUGCCGUAUUUGCCAACGUUAUGGCCAUGGUUCAAAGUUCUGUAACAUGGACCAAAAAUGUCUCAUUUGUGGAGACUCUUCUCACAAAAAGGACACAUGUCCUGUGAAAGAGAGUAAAAAUUUUCGCUGUGCGAAUUGUAACGGCAACCAUAUGUCGAAAUUUUAUCAAUGCCCAGCCCGUUUAGCAAUUGUUAGGGCAAGGCAAGGUAAGCAAAAUUCAAAACAAACUUCGAAAGUGACGCAUAGUUUACCUACUUCUUUGCAUACCCGUUUAACAUAUGCACAGGUUACAGGUAGUUCGAACAUUCUACCGCCUAAUGUUGGUAGUUCGAAAAUGACCGCUAAUAUGGGUAAGCAAAACAAGCUAGAAAAUAAUUGUACACUUAUUACCCCAGCUAAUAUUGCUACCGAAAAUAUUUUUUCUAAUGUCAACUGCCUGGGGCCUAUUACGGCAGGUAAACUUUCUUUUCUGCAACAAGCAAUGUUCGAUCUUAUGAACGCCAUGUUGCAGGCAAAAUCAAUGUUUGAAGCCAUUCAAAUAGGCACAAAUUUUACUAUUAAAAUUGUUUCUAAUUUAAAAUUUAGCAAUGAUUUUAAAUAAACCGAUCAAAAUUUUGGAUUGGAAUGCUCGCUCAUUGAAGGCCAAUGAGAAUGAGCUUUUUAAUUUUUUAACAGUAAAUAAUGUGCAUAUUGCAAUUAUUACUGAAACAUUUUUGAAACCUAACAUAAAAUUAAAAUAUGAUCCCAAUUACGUGGUUCAUAGAUAUGAUAGGAUUCAGGGUUCCGGCGGUGGAGUUGCAAUUGUUAUUCAUCGCCGAAUCAAACAUCGUGCUCUUCCCCAUCUUGAGACGAAAGUUAUUGAAACUUUGGGAAUUGAAGUUCAAACUGAGCUUGGGAUUUUAUUUAUUGCCGCAGCAUAUUUACCAUUUCAAUGCACACGCGAGCUCAAAAAUUAUUUUAAAGGUGAUUUACAAAAACUCAACAGAAAUCGUUCGAAAUUUUUCAUAAUCGGCGAUUUUAACGCUAAACAUCGUUCAUGGAAUAAUUCUCAAAGUAAUUCCAAUGGCAAAAUUUUAUUCAAUGAUUGUUCAUAUGUGGUGAUUACGGCUUAGCAGUCUGCUAAGCCGUAAUCACCACAUAUUGAAAAUCUACAGUCGACCUCUGAACGAACAAUGAUUGUUCUUCAGGAUACUAUUCUAUUUUGUCUCAGAAUAUUCUUACAUGCUUUUCUUCUGUAAGAAACCCACCAACAUUGAUUUGGUGCUAACAGAUCAAAGUCAUGUAUGAGCUCUGUUUUUAAUUAUAACAAGGCUAAUUGGGAAAGAUACAAAACUCAUAUUGAGAGAAAUUUCAAUAAUAAGUUUGAUUUGCAAAACGAAGUGAAUAUUGAUUCCGCUUUGGAAGCAUUAAAAUGUGCAAUUGUUGAUGCCAGGAAUUAUUAUGUUCCAAAGGCUCAAGUGAAAUUUGAUUCACCAAUAAUUGACGAAAAUCUUCAACUUCUAAUUCGUUUGAAAAAUGUCCGCAGACGUCAAUAUCAACGUUCUCGUGACCCUGUUUUUAAAACUAUUUAUAUAGUUUUACAGAAAGAGAUUAAACAUAGAUUUACUCUUCUGAGAAAUCAAAAUUUUGAGACUAAAGUUGAAAAAUUGAAACCAUAUUCAAAACCCUUUUGGAAGCUGUCGAAGAUUCUUAAGAAACUUUCAAAGCCUAUUCCAGUUUUUAAAGAUGGUGAACGUUUUCUUGUAUCCAAUGAACAAAAGGCUCAAAGACUUGCUCAGCAGUUUUAGAGUGUUCAUAACUCAAAUUUGAAUUUUGUGAGUCCAAUUGAAAUAAUAGAAGAAAUAAUUGAAACUAACUUGAAUGAGAUUAAAUCAAUUAUUAAAAAUUUCAAAAAUAUGGAAGCACCUGGUGACGAUGGAAUCUUUAAUAUACUAAUCAAACAUCUCCCUGAGAGCACAAUGGAAUUUUUAGUGAAAACUUUCAAUUGCUGCUUCAAAAUUGCAUAUUUUCCCAAAUUAUGGAAAAAUGCAAAAAUUACUCCAAUUUUAUAGCCGGACAAGAAUCCAGCUGAAGUUUCAAGUUACCGACCAAUCAGUUUGCUUUCUUCAAUAAGUAAACUGUUUGAGAGAAUUAUUCUUAACCGAAUGAUGUCACACAUCAACGAAAAUUCAAUUUUUGCAAAUGAACAGUUUGGAUUUCGCCAUGGGCAUUCCACUACUCAUCAAUUGCUCAGAGUUACUAAUAUGAUACAAGCUAACAAAUCUGAAGGCUAUUCCACUGGAGCUGCUCUUUUAGACAUAGAAAAAGCAUUCGACAGUGUUCGGCAUAAAGGUUUGAUUGCGAAAUUGCAAACUUUUAAUUUUCCAAUCAAAAUUUUGAAAAAUUAUCUUACUGAUCGAACUCUGCAGGUUAUCUAUCAGAAUUUAAAAUCUGAUAGAUUUCCUGUCAGAGCAGGUGUACCUCAAGGUUCUGUCUUGGGCCCAGUCCUGUAUAACAUAUUCACUUCAGAUCUUACUGAUUUACCUCCAGGAUGCACAAAGUCAUUGUUCUGCGAUGACACAAGCAUUUCCGCAAAAGGAAAAAGUCUUCGUGUCAUAUGCAGUCGAUUGCAGAAAAGUUUAGAUAUUUUUUCUUCCUACUUGCAAAAGUGGAAAAUCUCUCCCAAUGCUUCUAAAACUCAAAUGAUAAUUUUUCCUCAUAAGCCUAGGGCUUCUUUCCUCAAGCCAAACAAUAAUCACGUUGUCAAGAUGAAUGAGGUUAUUUUAAGUUGGUCUGACAAGGUUGGUAAGGUAAGGUAAGGACUAAUUUACGAUAAAAACUCAUUUUCAAAGAGCACAUUGAGAGUAUACAAGCCAAGUGCAUCAAAUAUACGAGAUGAUUAUAUCCUCUCAUUAACAGGAAUUCUAAACUUUGUUUAAAGAACAAACUUUUGAUUUAAAAACAAAUUUUUAGACCAGCAAUGCUUUAUGCUGUACCGAUCUGGUCAAGUUGCUGUUCAACAAGGAAGUAAACGCUCCAAAGGAUUCAGAAUAAUAUUCUGAAAAUGAUUUUGAAGCGUCCUCCUUGGUUUGGUACACUCGAAUUACAUAGACUUACUGGUGUUGAACCAUUAGAAGCUAUGUCAAAUAAAAUUAUUAACAAUUUUCGACAAAAAUCGUUGCAAUCCUCAAUUGCUACGAUAAGCUCUCUUUAUAGCCAAUAAGUUAGCAUUUAAGUAAGUUGUAAGUUUACUUUCCUUUCUUGACAAGUAGGAUUAAAUCCCUACGAAUGAUAAGUCCUAAUUACGAAAGCAAACAAAUCCUAACAAUUAAAAUUACAAAUUACUAACAGUGUUGAGAAGUCACCAUUUGUGAUUGGACACACAUACUCAUUAUUUACUAUUAUUUAUCAUAAAUACUUAAGCUACUAACAAAUCCCCCUAUAAAAAAAAUAAAAAAAAAAUGCUGUUACUCCCUUGAGGUUUAAUAUAGGAGAAAUUUAUUAUGCCUUAUAUGAAGCAAGCGAGGAUCUAAAGCAAGAUGCGUUUGCAAGAAAUACUGCUUAAAGCCUAGCGAAAAAAUUCAGAUUCUUAUGCAGUUUAGUAGCUUGGCAUUCAAUUUUGUUCAAAAUCAAUUUAGUGAGCAAGUAGGUACCUUCAAAAAAUAAAUAGCAUUCUAGAAAUCACUAUAGACUUGAUAGGCAUCGUUCAAAACUUUUUGGAAAGUAUGAAAAGUGAAGAAGGUCUGAAUAGUCAUUACUGAUGCUAAAGAACUUGCCGACAUUUUAGAAGUAAAUCCGGAAUUUCAAAUAGAAACACGAAUUUGGCCGAGAAUGAUAAAGAAACAGUUUGCAUCCGAACAGUCAGAUGAACCAAUUACAUCAGAAAUACUCUCUUUCAAAGUGAAUUUCUUCUAUUCUGUAUUGGAUGUAGCUAUUGCAUCGUUCAAGGAUCGAUUCCAGCUAAUGAAAAAUCACAAUGACAAUUUCAGCUUCUUGUAUGAUAUUCACAGUUUAAUGGGUUGUAGUACAGAUCAGUUAGAGAAAAGUUGUCUACAUUUACAGAAAAUCCUCACACACAAGAAAGAGUGUGACAUCGAUGGACAUGAAAUGAACCAAGAACUUGUUUUUCUGUCACCUAUGUUGCCAGCCGACUCCAUUGAAUGUGUUAAACUACAUUACAAAAAAUCAACUGAUUGAAACUUUUACAAACAUUUUUGUAUCUUUGAGAAUUUUACUUACUUUACCCAUUAGUGUAGCAAGUGGCGAGAGAAGUUUCUCAAAAUUAAAACUAAUAAAGACGAAUUUACGAUCGACCUUGUCGCAAGAACGUUUGUGUGGCUUGUCGAUGAUAUCGAUAGAAAGACAGGUGCCUCAAGAAAUUGAUAUGUCGGAAACGUAGGGGGAAGGGGGGCGGCAAAAUCAGUCUUCGCUUGCAGCUCAAAUCAGCCUUCGUCCGCCCCUGUCGGUAGCUCUAGUAUCGCGAGGGCCAAUCCUAAAUACAAAAAUAUAAAAUCACUUUUGAUAUUAUUGCCGACAUUAAAAGAUUUCGGUUUUGGCCGUGUUUUGAUUUUACAGUUUGAAAAACAGCAACAAUAACAAACGUACAAGCAAAAAAACGUCACCCGUGGAUUGCCUUAUCCAAACAAUACAUAAUACACAUUAGCGUUAUGAGACCAAAUCGAGUCGCUGUACGCAACAGUACUGAGCAAGUUUGGUUGCACAGACAAGCACAAAGCUUUACUUUACUUAUCCAGAAACAAGAAAUAAUACACAUUUAUGAAACUGUAUAUUUACAACUAGCAUACGUAAAUAUACCGAACUACUAUCUCCUUUUUGGCGAAUGAAGUUAGAGCAUUUUGCAGUUGAGAUAGUAUACACUGUACGGGUCAUUUCUAGAGGUUGUACGACAUUUUUCCCGAGGGAAAUUGUUCGCAAUUACCUUGGAAAACACUUGCCCGAAAAAAUAUUAAACACGAUCAUGUAUGACAAUACGACUGUUAGCUGCUUUUUUAACGUUCCACGAGAUACCUUCUGCUUGUAGGAUCUCCUCUCCAAUUGGCAGCGCUGUAGCCAACAAACUUGGUGGAUCCUCGUUUGGAAUACUCCAACUUCGUCGAUGUCUCCAUAUAGUAACGAUUUAUCUUACCAAUAUUGGUGACCUGGACUGGCACUGUAUCGAGCCACGAAAAACAGAUAUCCAGCAGCCUCCUAGAAAAACAAAUUUUCACCUCCAUGCACAAACUUUCAUCUUAACACUGCUCAUAAGGUCUUGUAUAACGUUUGGACCCACUGUUUUUUGUGUGGAAAUCCAUUUUCUCUUUAUCUUCGGUUUUACUUCCUUAGGAUGUUUCCGAAGUGCCUGCUUCAUGAUGGCCCAGUACAUACUUAUCAAUUGGCCGCAGUUCAGAGGCGUAAAUCCGGCUAGGACCAUUGUGUGACCUCAGAAGUGGGAGUAAACGCUUUUGGAGGCAUUCCUUCAAGUAUACCUGCCCAUUCAUCGUCCCGUUGUCACGAAUGGGGUACUCCGCUUUCCACACGAGCAAAUUACUUGCCAACACCUUCUGCUUCCUAACAUCCUCAGGAACUUCGAAUUUAUGAUGAGCGGUGAAGUACUGGAGCCCCGAAAGCUGCCGGAAGUUUGCUUUUACGUAUGUCUCGUCAUCCAUAACGAGGCAAAGUGGUUUCUCGGGGUCUAGAGCUUCUGUGCACGUAUUUUCGUCACCGUGCCGUUCAUUGGGAUUCGGCGCCUUCUGAACUUUGUACGUGUGUAAUCCUUCAUUUUUUUUGCAUCUUGAACGAAAGUCUUACUCAAAUGAAGUUUUUCAGCCUGAACUGUUCAGAUUCUUCUUAAAAGCUUGAACUACUCCCUUGUGAUCCUUUACACUAUACGGAGAUACAUUUUGGCCACCUUUUUCUUUCCUGUCAAUGCUCUUACCUUACCUUACCAAUCAGACGAAAGUCGUGGUGGCUCGUGUUGUAUCAUAAAGUUGGCGUAAUGCUACUCAGUUUUGGGCUGUGUUUCGCCAGUUCCCCAGGCGUCUCAUCACCCGCAAGUCGCAAGUCUCCUUCGAUCUGAUCGAGCCAUCGUGCACGCUGCGCCUCUCUAUUUCUGGUGCCGGCAGGGUUGCUGAAGAGAAGAGAUUUUACAGGUUUGUCGUCCGGCGCCCCAACGACGUGACCGGCCCACCGCAACCCAUUAAUUUUCGCCAGGUGUGCAAUGGGGUUCUCUCCAGGCAGCGCGUGCAUUUCGUAGUUCAUGCGCCGUCGCCGUUCUCCUUCGUCCGUUUGUACUCCACCGUCGAUACUCCACAGCACCUCCCGUUCGAAAAUUCCAAGACUGUUAAGGUCCUUCGCGAGAAGCGUUGUUGUGCCGAUUCCGUAUAGAACUGCCGGUCUUAUCAGGGUUUUGUACAGCGUCAACUUCCUGCGUCGUCGCACUCGACUCUAUCGAAAUAUCUUCCACAGUAGGCACGAUUUAUAGCCUGGAUGCGUCUCAGAAUCUCUUUGCUGGUGUUAUCGUCGGUGGUCACGAAAGCUCAUCGCCGUCUACAGAGACUUGAGUUGGGAAUCUGAUGUUGGAGCCUCUCGCUCGCAUGUAUUUCAUUUUCGACGCUGUUAUUCGCAGUCCGAUUCGUUCGGCCCGGUUUUCAGUCGGGCGUAAGUUUCCUCCACCGCCUUUGCAAAGUUACGUGUUAUGAUGUCAAAGUCAUCUGCGAAUCCCAGAAACUGAACAGGCCUUGUGAAAAUCGUGCUCCUUGUGUCAAUGCUCGCCCUGCAGAUCACACCCUCAAGGGCCAUAUUAAACAGCAAACAGGAAGGUCCUUCACCUUGGCUUAACCCUCUGCGCGAUUCAAAGGGUCUCGAAAGUAUCCCCGAAACAAGCACGUAGCACAUCAUGGAACAUGAUCUGUGAGAGUAAUCUGUAGGCGGCAUUAAUAGGCAAGAUACCUCGGUUGUUGCGGCACUCUAGUUUGCCACAUAUCUUGUAGAUGAUACGACUCCCUCCAUCCACUCGUUUGCCAGCCCUUUCGGAGAAAGAGGGUACUUCGGACUGCCAAUCCUCAGAAAGCUCCGAUGUUGAUGCAUCGCUGGCCGUUGUCGUUCGUCAUGGUAUGCAGGCUGUGCGGGCCGAUCACCGGCUUGUAUGUCUUCCCUACCGAUCUGAGCGUUCAGGGCAGUGUACAUUGUCUAUAAAGCCGGUACCCAUCUCAUUGGUUGUGCCACCGCUCUGGUAGUACUGUACCCCGCGUCCACAAAUCCUCCAUACCUUCUCUCCUUUCCGGCAAGGCUCCUGGAGCGCAACGAUGUCUAAGUGGCGGGGUUCUAGCUGAUCCAGUAGAAUUCGGUCGUUCAGCGACCUAUAUGUACCGAGCUUCCAAUCAUCGUCCUUUUUUCGUCGCCUAGGUCGUUGUCGAUUGUUCCGAUCCGUAUUCAAUUCUUGAUUGUUCGUAGUAUUUCAAUAUUUCGUCAUGCUGCCUAGGCUGCCUGCGGAUGCCUAGUCUCGCGCCGGAGCUGCCGUCUUGGAUAUAGUAGGCGAAACACCGUAUUUCAGAAUUCUGCUGUCUGCUCCGGAUCAGACGCUGUUUGAGCCGCCUCUAAAAUGGAAAACAGACGCUCAGGCAAGCUGCGCUCCUAAGAGAACAGCCCACCCUCUUCUCUGUCAGCAUAUGAUCAAGUUCCCACCGGUUCACCGAUCUUUCCUGGGUUGCGUUAGAAGUUGCUGGGCGUUCUGCUUUGCACCACACUGGAGUCUAUUAGCCAACUAGAACAGGUGUACUGCUGGUACGUACUGUUCAGCCGUUGUACCGAUUUAAAAGGCGAGUUACCGUAGAUUCAAAAUUUCAAAGUUACCGUGUGCAAAAUUUCUCUACGCCUCUUCUGUUUUUCCGAAUCCAUCUUCGCAACGAUUGCACUAGCAACCGAGUGCAACUUACACAGUGUCAACAAUACACAUUGAACAAAUUUCACCUGAAUGUUUAAUAGAAAAUACCCAAUGAGAAAAAGUUAUAAUCAUAAUCUUCCAUCGGAAAUUCACGUUCCUGGAGCGCUCACAAUCAACAAGUGCUUCAUUUUUUUGGUAGAUCCCAUUUACUACUUCUCUAUGGACGUGACAUCUCGGUCAUCUGCGUUGCUGACCAAAUAACGGGUUUGGGCCACCGACCCGCCAUCGAAAGCGGCGGCCUCUUGCUCACAGCUAGAGAUUAUUCAGUUGUUUUAAGUAUAGAAGAAAUUGAUUGACGGUUAACUCAUUUAAUUUUUUUCGAAGAAGUUAUUUUUCCUUAAAUUUAGUACAUUUGAAAAAACAAGUAUUUUCGUCUAAAUUUGUUCGAUUACCGGGGGUUUUCUGGGAAUAUGUCGUACAAUCAUUCUUAUGUCCCUUUUAAUUCUCAAUUUAACCGCCACACAAACAUUAUCUCAAGUAAAAACGUAGAAACGUCGUUGCAUUCGCUCAUGGCGUCCAGAAGCGUCAUACGAUAAAAAAACAAAACCUCUUAUGAAGUUCGUGUUGUUAUAGUUGUUUGAUGCUAUUUUUAGAUACUCUCCGAAGAAACGGAUCUUUCCAGCCGAUAAAAACAAAUCAUCAGAAACAUCACACUGUUGGUUGUUAAGAAAUAAAAGACUUUCUGAUUAGACUAUAAGCAGGCACACAAAACAGACACGAAUUGAUGAACAAAAACACACACACACAAACACUUGUUUCCAGUUUCGAAUCGAAACGCGCAAUUAGAACACCGGUAGGUUGACAGGAUAUUAUCAGGAAUUCGCUUCCAGCUGGUACUGCAUCAGCAGACGGGAGAAGUGGAAGCUCGCGGGAGAACCCAACUUAAAAGUGAUAUUUAAACUUAACAAAAAAAAACACAUAACUUACAUUAAGCUAAACAACAAAACAGCUAUGACAUAAAAAUAAAUACUAUUGUAACUAUCGAUCAAAACAAGCGACAGUGAAACAACUGAAUGGAAUGAAAUUGCUAGUCACUAGAAGCAAUAAAAACCGAUUCUCGAUAACUCGAAGACGUCACUUUUUGGUUCAGUAAUUUCAGAA